AUGUUUUUUCUUUUAACUUGCAGAAGGUCAAGGCGCGGUUUGCGAUCUGGCCGCGCGGCCACCGGAGCGAGCGGAGCCAUGCCGCUGCGGCGGCGGGAGCGCCAGAUCGCGGCGCUGCUCAAGUCGGCGUCGCGCGCCGGCGAGCUCCUGCAGAUCCACGCCGCGAUGCUCAAGUGCUCCCUCUUCCCGCACCACGCCUUCCCGACGGCCAGGCUGCUGGCCUCCCCGCGCGCGCCGCUCCGCUACGCGCUCUCCCUCUUCGCCGCCAUCCCCAGCCCGACCCUCUUCCACCACACCACGCUCCUCCGCGCGAUCUCUGCGUCGCCCUCCGCGGAGUCCCUGGCCGCCUCACUGCCGGUCUUCGCCUCCGCGCGGGCGCGCCUACCCGAGCUGGACGAGUUCGCGUUCCAGCCGCUGCUCGCGCUCUGCGCCAAGCGCCACGACGCCGCGGCGGCCUCGCUUGGGAGGCAGCUACACGCGCUCGUGGUUCUUUACGGAUUCUCUGGCGUCGUCAGCCUUGGGAACGCCCUGUGCCACUUCUACUGCAGCUGCUGCGGUGGCAGUGACGCGGGAAUGGCGGACGCGCGGAGGAUGUUCGACGAAAUGCCGGAACGGGACGACGUGUCGUGGAACACGGUGAUUGGAGGGCACGUCAGGAUGGGGGAGGUCAUGGAGGCGGUGCAGAUGUUCAGCGAGAUGAGGCGCUAUGGUGUGGAUGUCAGUGUGACAGCAUUGAUCGCCAUCGUCGGGUGUUGCUGGCAAGCAGAGACUUUGCAUGGGUUCUGCUUCAAGGUGGGGUUCUGCAUCAAUGCUAAGGUGGCGGCAGCAAUGGUGAGGAUGUAUGUCAGAGAUAACAGUUUCGUGUGUGCCAGGAAGGUGUUCAAUGAGGUGACCAAGAGGGACACGAUAUUGUACAACUGUAUGGUGGAUGGCUAUGCAAAGGCAGGGCAAUUUGAGGAGGCAAUGGACUUGGUGGACAGGAUGAGACAGGAGGGAGUGAGGCCAAGCUCAGGGACUCUUGUGGGUGUCCUCUCUGCUUGUGGAGCAUCUGGGGCAAUAUCAAUUGGCCGCCGCCUUCACGAUAUUGCGCUGGAAGCAGGAAUUGAGCUUGACACUGCACUUGGGACAGCUCUAAUGGAUAUGUACUUCAAGUGUGGGUACCCCAGUGAGGCGGUUGCGGUUUUCAACAUGAUGCAAGAUAGGGAUGUGAAGGCAUGGACAGCGAUGAUCAUGGGUUCCGGUGUUAAUGGACGGGCAAGCGAGGUGGUCUCCCUGUUUUGCGCCAUGGGAGAAGAUGGUGUGGUGCCUAAUGAGGUCACCUUUCUCGCGGUGCUGAAUGCCUGUAGCCACGGUGGGUUGGUAUCGGAGGGGAAGAAGUUCAUGGAGAGCAUGGUGCUGCAAUAUGGCCUCUCCCCUAGCACUGAACACUACGGCUGCAUCAUCGAUCUACUGGGAAGGGCAGGGCGGUUGGAUGAAGCGUAUGAGCUCAUAGGGAGAUUAUCUUCCCAGGGUGAUGCCACGGCAUGGAGAGCCUUACUUGCGGCCUGCAGAGUCCAUGGCAAUGUCAAGCUGGGGAAGAUGGUGCAAACACAGCUGGAUAACAUGGGCAACUACCAUCCAUCAGAUGCCAUUCUGCUGUCAAAUACAUAUGCGUUGGAAAGCCGGUGGGAUGAGAUAGCACGGGUCAGAGACUCAGAAGAGAAGAAAAUUGUCAAAGACAAGAAGGAACCAGGCUGCAGCUCCAUAGAAGUGUUGUAGUUAUGUAUAUGUCUUGUUGGAAUGGAGCAAAUAAUCACCUGAUAUUAGGAUUGGACUCUCCGUAGGAAGUCAUACCUUCUGUAUAGGUAACUAACAGCGGUU